UGGAAGCGGAAGUCAUGUGAGCUCCCCACCCCUUUCGCCCUUGUGUGAAAAAAAAAAAAUCUUCCGUCAUUGCACCUUAUGUUGUUAAGGAAGUGUAUCAUAGAUUUUGCUGGUUAACCAAUUUAUUUUGUUGGAUAAGAAAUUCAACCCGAGUUUCUUCUUCCUUGAGCCUUCCACCGAUAUCACAUUGACUGGUUUGUCCUGCAAAAUGAGCGGCUCCCGAGUGUUCAUUGGAAGACUGAAUCCUGCUGCCAGAGAAAGGGAUGUGGAAAGGUUCUUCAAGGGAUAUGGACGACUAAUAGAUAUUGAUUUAAAGAGAGGUUUUGGGUUUGUGGAAUUUGAUGACCCAAGAGAUGCUGAUGAUGCAGUAUAUGAGCUGGAUGGGAAAGAACUGUGCAAUGAACGAGUCACUAUUGAACAUGCCAGAGAACCACGCAGAGGAGGAGGAGGAGGAGGAGGAUUCAGGCGAGGAAGAGGUGGCUAUGGAGGUGGUGGCAGCGGCGGUGGAAGCAGAUUUUCUGAUAGAUACGGUAGUAGACGUCCCCGAAAUGAAAGCAGGAGGAGUGCCCCUCCUCCACGUACAGAAAACCGUUUGAUUGUGGAGAAUUUGUCUUCGAGAGUCAGCUGGCAGGACCUGAAGGAUUUUAUGAGACAAGCUGGAGAAGUGACUUUUGCUGAUGCACACCGACCAAAGUUAAAUGAAGGGGUAGUUGAAUUUGCUUCUUACAGUGACCUGAAGACUGCUAUGGAAAAGCUGAAUGGUAAAGAAAUCAAUGGGAGGAAAAUCAGAUUGAUUGAAGGCUAUAAAAAAAGAUCCAGGAGCAAGUCUCGGUCACGGAGUAGAAGGUCUUCUAGGUCCCGCAGUCGAUCUCGUUCCCGAAGCCGCAGGUCUUACUCGAGGUCCAGGAGUAGAAGUGCCAGCAAGUCCCCAAGCAGAUCUCCUGCUGCCGAUAAGUCUCCAAAGCGUGCAUCAUCUGCUUCACAUUCUAAGUCUCCAAGUCCACAACCAAGAUCAAGAUCACAUUCAAGAUCACGGUCUAGAUCUGCGGACAGCAGAAACUGAAUCUUGUGCAUAUUUUUUUAAGACUGAAACUUUGAGUUAUGGCUUGUGCAUACUCUUGAGACUGAACUUUUACUGGACUUUGUGGGGAGGGGGUGAAUACUUGGAAAAGUGGAACAAUGGCUUUCUUUGUAUGUGGACUAGACAAGUAGGUACAAGAGCUUUUUGGUAGUCAUUAUACUAUUUAUUUUUUUUCCUGUAUAGGUUUUUACUUCAUGAUCUGUCUAAAAUACACACUACACAGAGUUCCUGAAGCAGAAUAAAUUUUCUUCUACAUUA